AUGAAGUGCAUCUUCAUCUACGUGCAGUUCUUCUGGUAUGGAAAACUUGAAAUACAUAGCCUUCUGGAGGGGCUGGCUUCCGCACACAAGUCAGAAUGUGGUAUUGGCAUGGGGGCCGGAAGCGCGGGGGAGCGGCGCUCGCCCAGCAUGGAGGCGCACCAGGCGGCCGGGCGGGAAACGCGGGACAUGCGCGCCGCCACCUCACAGAGAUGGGGCAUCCGCAGCAACUGGUUUUUUUUUUUUUGGUUCAAGUACUACCUGAAGCGGGAGGAGGGGAAAGGGGGGAAAGGAACAAAAAAAUCAUAUUGA